AUGUUCGGGAAACCAGACAAAAUGGACGUCCGGUGCCACUCGGACACCGAGGCCGCCCGGGUCUCGAAGAAUGCGCACAAGGAGAGCCGAGAGAUCAAGGGCGCGGAGGGGAACCUCCCCGCCGCCUUCCUCAAGGAGCCGCAGGGUGCCUUUUCGGCGUCGGGCGCUGCGGAAGAUUGUAACAAAAGUAAAUCCAGUUCCGCAGCCGACCCGGAUUAUUGCCGCCGGAUCCUAGUCCGAGAUGCCAAGGGGUCCAUCCGCGAGAUCAUCCUGCCCAAGGGCUUGGAUCUGGACCGGCCCAAGAGGACGCGCACGUCCUUCACCGCGGAGCAGCUCUACCGGCUGGAGAUGGAGUUCCAGCGCUGCCAAUACGUGGUGGGCCGCGAGAGAACGGAGCUCGCCCGGCAGCUCAACCUCUCCGAGACCCAGGUGAAGGUCUGGUUCCAGAACCGGCGCACCAAGCAGAAGAAGGAUCAGGGCAAGGACUCGGAGCUGCGCUCGGUGGUGUCAGAGACCGCGGCCACGUGCAGCGUGCUGCGGCUGCUGGAGCAAGGCCGCCUGCUGUCCCCGCCUGGCCUGCCUGCGCUGCUGCCGCCUUGCGCCACGGGCGCUCUCGGCUCGGCGCUGCGCGGACCCAGCCUACCGGCGGGAGCGCCGGCCGCGGGCCACGGCCUCUUCAGCCUGCCGGUGCCCUCGCUGCUCGGCUCGGUCGCCAGCCGCCUGUCUUCCGCCCCGUUGACAAUGGCUGGUUCGCUAGCCGGGAAUUUACAAGAACUCUCCGCCAGGUACCUGAGCUCCUCGGCCUUCGAGCCUUACUCCCGGACCAACAAUAAAGAAGGGGCCGAGAAAAAAGCGCUGGACUGA